AUGACUAUUGGAGAACUAAGGCAGCGAUUGGCAGACGAAAGAAGAAGAAAAGAGGAACUACGUGCGAACUUGACACGACAAAAUGAUGAACUAAGAGAAGAAAAUCAACGAUUACAAGACCAAAGGUCACAGUCACGAUCCAGAACAACACGUGCGAGCUCAAGAUCAAGGACAAGUAGAAGUACCACCAGACGAAGCAGAUCUGAUCACAGAAGCGAUGAACAAAGACAAUUUAUAGAUAAUAAUUUGGCUAAUAAUCUUCAGGUAGGUGACAACAUAAAGGAGGAACGCGAACACAAUCAAAUAGAAGAUCGAUACGUACAGACAGGAGAGAAUGAACCCAGGAUGAAGGACAGAAUAACGAUGAAGGAGCUACGCGAGUACCAGGAGGAGUACAUCGCUCUCGAAGAAAAGCAGAGAGAUAUGGAUUCCUACCCAGUAGCAGUAACAAGCGAAAAUGUAGAAAAUGCGAGUCUAUUACCAAGGAUGGAAAACGCUGUGGUGAGUACUUCGCAGGGAAGUAAGGAGAAAGUAAUCGCAGAAGAUCAAUAA